CACAUUUCGACUUUCAAAUGAAAAAAAUCCAAAUUUCCAAACCUUUUUGUUUCCCCUUUCCCCCAAUCUUUCAUUCUUUGUCUUCUCAUUUCUUCUUAUUCUACUAUGGCUUUGCUCACUCCAAUUCCAGUCACUUCUUCCCUCUUGUUUUGCAGAACCAGUGGACCUCAAUCUCCACCAUUUUACAGAAAACGAUUUGCCCCUUUACAUGCUUCUCUGAGCUCUUCUUCUUCGCCAUCUUCUUCUUCUUCUUCUCCAUCUUCGUCGUUUGUUGAGUCUCCGAGCUCAGAAAAGGGAAACAAUUAUGCUUCAGGCAACUCAAAUGGGACCCCUGUCUUGAAAUUCGUUCAGUCUACUGAAUCAUCCAUUGAAAGGAUUAUUUUUGACUUCCGCUUCUUGGCACUUUUAGCUGUCGGGGGCUCUUUGGCUGGUUCAGUGCUCUGCUUUCUUAAUGGUUGCAUAUACAUCUUUGAAGCAUUCAAAGUUUAUUGGACAACAUGUGUCAAAGGACAGCACACUGGUAAUAUGGUUCUGCGACUUGUUGAGGCGAUUGAUGUAUAUCUUGCUGGAACCGUGAUGUUAAUUUUUGGUAUGGGGCUGUAUGGUUUGUUUAUCUCCAAUGUUGACCCUAAUAUCGCUGCUUCUUCUGAUCGUGCACUCAAGGGAUCUUCCUUGUUUGGGAUGUUUGCUUUAAAGGAGAGGCCAAAGUGGAUGAAAAUUAGCUCACUCGACGAGUUAAAGACUAAAGUAGGGCAUGUUAUCGUAAUGAUUCUUCUUGUAAAAAUGUUUGAAAGAAGCAAGAUGGUAACGAUUGCAACUGGUAUGGAUCUGUUAAGCUAUUCUGUAAGUAUAUUUCUGUCUUCGGCCUCCUUGUAUAUUCUUCACAACUUGCACAAAAGCGAAUAAGAGGUCGUGGACAAACUGUUCGCUCGAUCUCACAUAAUAUGUUAACAUUACGACGAUGUAAUAUAUUUGUUUAUAAGUGAAGUGUCUGCCAUUUACA